CGCAGCGUUCAUGACAUGAUACAAGGAAGCAUGGGAACUGUUUCGUCGGUGAAAGUAAGCGCACUGUCCUUCGCCUGCUUUUCUGCUGUCGUGAUGCACUUUGUCGCAGGUGCCAAAACAGCGAGGGUCGUUUACCCUAGGUUACUUGAAGAACGGUCAUCCGAUGGAGGAAUGAUGGUAAAGGUCCAUGAUGACUUGACCCUUAACCUGAGAAAAGGGUCGGUGGCGGCACGUGAACUGCGCGUCUUAACGGAAGAAAAUGGACGCCUCGUAACACGAUUCUACAACGGAGAGGACAUUGAGAGAAAUCUCUACGAAGAUGAAAAGAACAUCGCUUCAGUAAUGGUGACCAAGACUGGCAAUGGCGUCCGGAUGGAAGAUGCCUAUGUUGAUCGCCAAGAGGGAUAUCUUUAUGAUCGUGGCACCGUAAACAAGUUACAAUCUUACGCCCAGGCUAAGAAAAGUGCCUACGGCAAUCCCGAUUUCGUAUACCUCUUUACUGGAGAAGACCUGUACACAAGGUAUGGCGGAUACCUCACCGCCGCUGGUCUCGAAUACGCCACAGCAUCUUACCGGAUUGUCGUCCUUUCAGGAAUCGCUUUCGUGGCCAGUGUGUGCGAGUCGACCUUUGUUGGCCUGGGCGAAGACGAGGCAGGACUGUUCACUGGGAUGCACACGUUCACACACGAAACCUGUCACAUCCUCGGUGCUCGCCACGACGGAAGCGAUCCAGAUGCGGGCAUUCCUGGUCACCCUGGUUCGAAAAAUUGCCCCUGGGAUGACGGAUAUAUGAUGAGCUACGUGAACAAAGGGCCCAACCACCAAGUCUUCUCAUGGUGCAGCUUGCAACAGAUGGAAUUCGUAGUGCGCCUUAGGGGACCGAAGUGCUGGGCGCACGGCGACGAGGAGAAUGUGGUGGAGCACGUCUACCCUGGAAUGGCCGUCAGCAUGAAGGAGUUUUGUAUGAACAUAUACCGAGAGGAUAAAUCCUACGUGGAGUUUGACAAGUCCGAAGUCAACCCUAUGACGUGCAGGGUGAAGUGUAGAUACAACAAAUAUACAUGGUACGAUUACUAUCGUACUAACCCCGAGACAAUGACUAGGGAAGAUGAAGCACUGGACCACACGCCUUGCGGAAAGGAUAUGGUAAAGCAAUGUUUGACAACCAUUUCCCUCACAGACCACUUGUACCUGGUUUCACUUCGUUUAGCCAUUUAA